UCCUUUUCUCCCGGGCUGGAGCUGCGGGGGGGGCUUCCGAAGCAGCCGGGCUGUGGAGGCGUUAGGGUGUUUAUCGCAUGAGAAAUACCGGCAAUUUGGGGCUCGGAGUUAGCUUGAAGGAGCGGCAAUAGCUGGUCACUCCAGGCCAGGGAGCAGAAUGGAACGAGGUGUGGACGGAUUCCUAGGUUUUCCCUGCUACACUAAUGCUUCGGCUGCCCUGGAAAACGCCAGUGAUGUGAGCGGCAUCUGGGAGGGUUGGCAGCCCGAGGCAAUCAUCGUACCGGUGCUCUUCGCUCUCAUCUUCCUCGUGGGCACGGUGGGGAACUCUCUGGUCCUAGCUGUGCUGCUGCGCAGCGGCCAAAUGAAUAGCACCACCAACCUGUUCAUUCUCAACUUGGGUGUAGCGGAUCUCUGUUUCAUCGUUUGCUGCGUGCCAUUCCAAGCGACCAUCUACACCCUGGACGGGUGGGUGUUCGGCGCUCUGCUUUGCAAGGCAGUUCACUUUCUCAUCUUCCUCACUAUGUACGCCAGCAGUUUCACACUGGCUACCGUCUCUCUAGAUAGGUAUCUGGCUAUCUGUUACCCAUUGCACUCCCGAGAGUUGAGGACUCCUCGGAAUGGGCUGGCAGCCAUAGGCCUCAUCUGGACACUGGCGCUGAUUUUCUCUGGACCCUACCUCAGCUACUAUAGUCAGUCAGAAUUGGCCAACCUGACCGUGUGCCAUCCCGCCUGGAGCGCACAGCAACGUCGAACCAUGGAUGUCUGUACCUUUGUCUUCAGCUACCUGCUGCCGGUUCUCGUACUUAGCCUGACUUACAUUCGAACCCUGCGCUAUCUCUGGCGGACUGUUGAUCCAGUGGCCACUCUUUCCAUAUCCAAGCGCUCUAAGAGGAAAGUGACUCGUAUGAUAGUCAUCGUGGCUACGCUCUUCUGCCUAUGCUGGCUGCCCCAUCACGCCCUCAUCCUCUCGGUCUGGUUUGGCCACUUCCCUCUUACUCGAGCUAACUAUGUGCUGCGCAUUCUCUCCCAUUUAGUCUCUUAUGCCAACUCUUGCGUCAAUCCCAUUGUGUAUGCACUCGUCUCCAAACACUUCCGAAAGGGCUUCCGCAAAAUCUGUGAGGGGCUAUUCUGCCAAGCUCCUCAGCUCAUCUCCCGUAGGGUGAGAGUUGCCCCAACUAGCUCUUGCCAGGGCAACCUAUUGGUUCACGACUCCGUCGCAAUGAUACCUAUUUGCAAAGUAGCAGAUUCUACCAUUUCAGUUCCUGAACAUCCUCGGAGAGAUUCCGUUUUGAACCCUUUACCCGGCCCAUCCUGGAGAGUAGAGAGUGAAGGCUCCCUGUAACCUGUAUAUCCCCUUCAAUGA